GUCUCCGUCUGCGGGGUGGCUGGUGCUGGGAAAUCUUUUCUCGCCCAAGUCCUCCAUACCCAUUAUAGUCCUCGAGCUCAUGGUUGGCACCAUGGAAGCUACGUUGUUAAUGUACCCCAUCCGUUCGAUAUCACGGACUUCUGUGAGAGCUUGUAUCUUGAAAUCUUCUCAACACCACCAAAAGAAGGCGAAGAUAUCUUCCGGAUGUGUUGGAAACAUCUUGAGCAAAAACCGUGCCUUGUUUUUAUUGACGGCUUGCGGUCCAAGGAAGAUUGGGACUUGAUAGAAGCUAACUUGAUACCGGCUGUACCAUUGUUAUCUUUCCCUUUUGGAGGCUGUACCAUUGUUAUUACCAGGGAAGAAAGUGUUGCCAGACAUUGUGCAACGUCACCUGAUGCAGUGUGCCGGGUCAAAGGUCUAGAAGCUGAUGCGGCCCGUCAUCUCUUCCAGGACACCUUUAAACCUGACGGAAUCUCUAAGGGCGAUUCUAACAUGAUGGCUGAAGCAGAUCUUAUCAUAGACAAGUGUGGCAGACUUCCCAAACUAAUAGUUGCUUUAGCUGAGUACUUGGCCGAAGUACCAAACGUCAUACGGGAGGCCCGGCGUCUGAAUGCCAACUUUAUGUAUGCACUGAAGACGACCAGGAAGGGACUUGAUAGCUUCCGGGACGUAUUCACCUGGAUGUAUUCAAGAUUUCAGGCUUGUCAUCAACUACUCAGGAAAUGCAUCUUCUAUCUGUCACUAUUUACUCAAAGCAGUAUCAUUCGUCAGAAUCGUUUGGUGAGGCGGUGGAUUGCAGAGGGCUACUCUGAGGGCACUGACAGCAACAGCAUGGUGGAAUAUACAGAGAAGCUCAUCCACGAGCUUAUCACCAUUGGCAUGAUGGAGACACAUACCAAGGCCGGUGACAUGAGAAUGACUUCUUGUCAGAUCAACUCAUUGUUCCUGGACUACUUCAUCUCAAGGGAGAUGGAAGAGAACAUUUUCCUUCCACUAGAGGUCUCCGUACUGGUGCAGGACAGCACGAUGAACACACAACGUGCAGGACAACACCUGGCAAUAGGGAGCAGCUGGAAGAGGGACAAGUUUGUGUUUGAAAGCUUGGACUUCUCACGGCUGCGGUCUUUGACUGUAUCCAGAGAGUGGAAGCCAUUCUUCAUAUCUGACAGGAUGAGAGUGCUUCGAGUUCUCGAUCUGGAGGACACAAGUAUAACAGAUGAUGAUGUCGAAGAAAUAGUGAAGAAGCUGCCUCGCCUCAAGUUCCUCUCCCUGAGAAGAUGCACAAAGGUUUCUUGCCUGCCAGAUCUGUUAGGUAACCUGAGGCAGCUCCAAUCUCUGGACAUAAAGCACACCUCUGUGACUAAGCUUCCUAAGAGCAUCAUCAAGCUGCAGAAACUUCAGUAUAUUAAUGCCGGCACGAAGGUAGCGGCGUUGACUGACGACGAGCCCUCAACACCACGGAGGAUUAUUAGGCAUGGACAUGUUGUUGCUUGUGAUGGCGUCAUGGUGCCUGGAGGAAUUGGGGCACUGGUCGCCAUGCACACACUGGGUGUUAUCAACGUCAACACAAGAGGUGGUUGGGCCACCCUGAAGGAGCUCAAGAAUCUGACCCAACUCCAUAAGCUAGGAGUAUCUGGCAUCAGUUAG